AUGUAUCGUGUUCCUUUUUUCCGUCGUGCAUUCCGAAGCAGCCCCUCGGAGCAGGUGUCUUCCAUCGAUCGUGCCGCACUGGUUGCGUUGUUUCGUUCGACUGAUGGAGCGAACUGGAAGACGAACAGCAACUGGAACACGGACGCGGGGCUAGCUACUUGGAAGGGGGUCAAAGUUAACCACGCGGGCCGUGUGGUGGGGCUGAUUCUGCCGGACAACAACCUCCGCGGACCCAUCCCCGAGGCGCUUGGAGCUCUCGGCGAGCUGAAGACGCUUGUGAUGCCCCGCAACAAGCUCACUGGGUCCAUCCCAGGAGUGCUUCGAGCUCUCGGCAAGUUGGAAAUGCUUUUUCUCCACGGCAACCAGCUCUCAGGACCCAUCCCCGAGGUGCUUGGAGCUCUCAGCGAGCUGAAGACGCUUGCCAUGAACGACAACAACCUCACUGGGUCCAUCCCCGGAGUGCUUGGAGGUCUCGGCAAGUUGAAACACCUUGGGCUCCACGGCAACCAGCUCUCAGGUUCCAUCCCCGGAGAGCUUGGAGGCCUCGGAAACAUGCAAACUCUUCGACUCGACGGCAACCAGCUGACCGGGAGUAUUCCCCAGGCGCUUGGAGCUCUCACCGAGGUGAGGAACCUUGACAUUGGCGACAACAAGCUCACUGGUUCCAUCCCCGGAGAGCUUGGAGGCCUCAGAAAGGUCCAAAUUCUUCGACUGGACGGCAAUCAGCUGACCGGACCCAUCCCCGAGGCGCUUGGAGCUCUCAGCGAACUGACGAGAUUGUCCGUGGACCGCAACAAGCUCACUGGGUCCAUCCCCGGAGUACUUGGAGGUCUCGGCAAGUUGGAACGGCUUGGGCUCAGCGGCAACGCACUUUCUGGACCCAUUCCCAAGGCGCUUGGAGCUCUCAGCAAGCUGGAUAUCCUUGUCAUCAACGGCAACAAGCUCACUGGUUCCAUCCCUCACGAGUUUGGAGCUCUGCGCAACGUGAAGACGCUUCAUGUCGACAGCAACUACCUGACCGGAGGGCCAACGAGGGGCGAGAGUCUUGAUUCGUGGAGGGCAAGACUGCGGCAGCAGGAGCAGGCAGCUGUACGCGAAGACACAAAAGCGGAAAACCCCGCCGCACGCACCAGUUCCUCGACACAGGGCGACAAGCCUGGGAAGACAGAUAGAGCUACCACUGAACCCAUAUCUGGUUCGUCACGGGAGGCAGAUAUGGACCACAUGACUCAGGCUCAGAUUUCUUCUUUUUCGGCGUUGAGCACGCUGUGUGGAGGGAGUCAUAAACGCCUGGAGCAGGUUAGACAGCUUGUUGAAGCACUGGACAUCAAUCGCUUUUCUCCCGGCACGGGACUCAGCGAGACGGGUACGCUCGGGGAGCUGAACAGGCUAGUGGCAAUGGCCGAAGAUCUAGGCGACAUGGUGUCGAGACACGUGAUGAAUGAAGACAUACAACGGCGGGAGCUGGCGUUGCCCCCGGGUCCCAAGGCAUACUACACGGCCAUCCGAACUGGUCUAUGUAACGCCUACCUCGCAGCCAGCGUCGUCUGCAGUAGCUUGGUUUGCACAAGCAAGACCGGUCGCAUGGGUACGGCAGGAAAGACCUUGGAGUUUCUGUCGAGCGCGGUGCCUGUGGUCAGUGGGCUUGCGGGCUUGGCUGCCGCAGCCUUGAAGGCGGGAGACCGCUAUCUGCAAACUCGGCGAGUGUCGAAGAUCUGCGACAUCGCGCCCGACUCGACUGACUGUUGUUUGCUGGCGAGGACGUUGGCGUUGCAACUCUCGGAUGGGUAUGUGGAUGGCACCCUCCCCACGACUGACACGGCUGAAGAACGUGGCUCGCACGCCACAGCAGGCAUGGGUGGUGUUGAGGGUGGGUGCGGAUGGAGCCAAGAUAUUGGCGCCUCGCCAGACUCUGCGACCGAGGAAGCCGUCAUGGACUGGUUUGUCGAAGAAGUGGCGGACUACGAGCCGAAUAACGUCGAUGCAAGGAAAACGACUGCUGCCGUACAGGCUGGGAGGAAGCUUGGGAAAAGGCACCUCCAGACUCUUCUAAAGGCGGUUGGGCGGGAUUGCCUCCGCGGCACAAACACUCCUGACGAGAAGGUGAAAGUUCUUGUCGGAAUUAUACUCCCAGAAGCCGAGCGGAGAGUUGGUUCGACAUCUCACGUUACGCGGGAGCGUACCAAUCAUGACGCUAGCUCCGCCCAACCAGCUUCGCGGCAGUCGCAUGCUGCAGCUACUCGUCCAGCCGUUCCUGACGGUGCUGCCAAGAGUGAUAUUGACGUGGCAGCGUUGAUGGAGCGCGUGGCUUCCAUGCGCAUGCGCACGGAAGCAACGCACGAAGAGCUUAAAGCCGGCCUGGAAGCUUCUCAUGCGAAACAUGUCGAGCUAGAAUCUGGUCUAGAAGCUGCGAAAGAAGAGAACGCUAGGCUCAAAUACGGUUUGGAAGCGGCAAAUGCAAAAAACGCCAAGCUGGAAUCUGAGAUGAAAAUCCUGAACAAAAAGGUGAUGAAGCCUGGGCCGGACUCGGAUAGCUUGGUGGCCAGCGGGGGGGGGCUAGCUUUGAAGCAGCGGCAAGCUGUCACCGAGACAGCACUGGAUGACUUUCUCGAGAGGGCUCAAGAGAGAGCACCGGCUGCGGGCAAUGAUGUGGUGACCUUGGGGCAGCUGGCAGAGGCCGUGGAACUCCUGAAGGAAGUGCAUAGCAAGAACGAUGAGCUGCAUCGCGAGCAUGAUGCCAAGCUGACCCGUUUUCAGGGGGCAGUGGACAGGAUCACCCGCAAAUUGGCGGCUGUGAGUAAUGACCUGGUGCCCCAGAACGAGCUGAGAGAGAUAUUGGCACUCCAUGACGAGCUGCUUCGCGAACGCAGUGCUAUUAACAGAUAGCUUCAGAGGAUGAGCGCCCACAACAACGAAACAUUUGGUUCCCUUUUUGUGUCUUCUGCUGCCGGUACUACUCUUCGGCAGCGUGCCGAUGAUCCUCCGCAUGCUAUCUACCAACCAUCGAGCCGGUCAUGACCGGAGCUUCGUCCGUUCGGCUGUGCGUGGUUUCGCGACCGGCAUCG